AAUAAAUUCUCUAUCCAACUCAACCAACAGCUUCCCCCGAUCGAUCUUCUCCUUAAAUAUACACGCUGCACUUCCUCUCUUCUCAUCGCCUGUGUUUGACCUGUGGAUCGGCAACAAUGGCUACCCUUGUUGAGGUUCACAAGGAGGAAGUGGAGGUGAAGGAAAAGGAUCUGAAAAAGGAGGAGGAAGUGAAGGAAAAGGAUCUGAACAAGUUGGAGGAGGUGAAGGAAAAGGAUAUGAAAAAGGAGGAGGAAGUGAAGGAAAAGGAUCUGAACAAGUUGGAGGAAGUGAAGGAAAAUGAUCUGAAAAAGGAGGAGGAAGUGAAGGAGAAGGAUCUGAACAAGUUGGAGGAAGUGAAGGAAAAGGAUCUGACCGAAGAAAAGGUAGAAGAAGUUGAGCCAAAGACGGGGGUUGCUUUUCCCUUGACGCUGGAGAAUAGGAAGCGCUUGCAUGCUACUGGUUUGAGGAAGAAGAAGGUGAUGGGCAUCAGCUUUAAGAUCUAUGCAUUUGGAUUAUAUGCUGACCAUGUGAAGAUGAAAGAGGUAAUCCAAUCAAAAUUCCCGAAAAUGCCGGAGAAACCGGAACAGGAUAUGUAUGAUUUGGUCAUAAACAGCGAUUUCGAGAUGACUGUGAAGCUGGUAAUUGUGUUCCGAGGCUUGACGAUGAGCCUGGUGCGCAAACAAUUCGACACAGGCCUCGGUGCAUCGAUCAAGAAACUAAGUGGUGAAAAACAUGAGGAGCUGCUGAGCAAGGUAAUGGAAAGAGCCAGCGACAGCAUUAAGUUGCCCGUCGGUUCUGUGAUUGAGAUAACCAGGUUCCCAGGCUUCGUUAUGCAGACAAAAGUGAAAGGUGAGAUAGUGGGGGGACUGGAGAGCGAGCUGCUCUGCAGGGCCUACAUCUCCAUGUACUUAGGAGACGAGCCCUUAGAUGAGGAUGCUAAAGAGAGUUUCGGAGCCUCUAUCAUUUCCCUCUGCUCAAAUCCUGUUAGCUAAGAGAAGUUUGUACUGAUUCCAAGUGGCUUUGAGUUGUAUUGUUUUAAAUAAUGCACCUUGCACCAGCUGAGUUGUUGUAGCAGAAAUUGUAUGUGCACAAAACGGAAUUACAUAACAGUAUGGAGCCAUUCUGCUGCUAAAAUAUUGACGUAUAUAUAUCACUUUGGAAAUAUUA